GCCUCCCCCGUUCCGCCGCCAUGCGCCCCGUCUCGACGAACAGCGUGCUUCUGGCACUCGCCGUGAUGCUGCUGCACGUUCUGGCUCUGGCCUCGGCUACCGCGGUGGCCGAUCAGCCGGUCACCUGCGGCAGUAGCAUCAAGCUGUUGCACACUCAGACCAAGGGGCAGCUUCACUCGAUGGACAUCAAAUACAACACCGGCAGCAUGCAGCAGGUGGUGACCGCAUACCCUGGGACGGCCGGCCUGGGGUCCGGCCCCGGGCCGCACCCGGGAUCCUACUGGCUUGUGGAGGGCCCGCUGGGUCGGGCCUGCCCGCGCGGCACGCCGGUUCCCUGCGGUAGCCAGAUCCGGCUGAAGCAUGCCCUCACGUCGACUCGACUGCACUCGCACCUGCACCGGUCACCCAUCUCCUCCACUCAGGAGGUGUCGGCUUUUGCACAUCCCUCCCUGCCGGAGGGGGACUCCGGGGACGUGUGGGUCGUCGAGUGCUCGGUCAAGCACAAGUUCUGGCCCCGCGAUCAAAUUGUCCGCCUGAUGCACCAUGACACGGGGAGCUUCCUGGCCUCCAAUGCACGCUACCAGUAUGGACACCCGAUCCCCGGUCAGAUGGAGGUGUCGGCCACCACCAGCAAGAACAAUGACCUCCACUGGAUGGCCACUGAGGGGAUUUACAUCCCGCCCAACUGAAUGUCGGCCUGGGCGUGUCUCGCGUUCUCUGUGCCCACGGGCAAUCCCCUGUCCGGCCCGGUCACAGGAGCGUGGUGGCUUCUCGCGCGGCCGCACUGCCGUCCUGUCUCUCUUUCUCUCGCCGAAAAUAAAUAUAAAUAGCACACA